UCAAAGUGUCAUAACCUUUUUAUUCCGGUUGCUGGCGUAUACUGGUUUGUUGCUGAGGGGAAUUGGCGAAAUUUCUUGCAUCUAGUUUUCGGUUCUACGAUUCUGCGAGUUUUACAACAAUUGCACAGCAGCAAAUUUAAAGUGUAUUAUCUAUUCUCACAAUGUUUCGAUUACUUGCUUCGCUGCGUGCCCAAAGUGGAACCUUGAUUGCCACUGCAACUAGUUCUUUGAUGAGAACUGACAACACAUUAUUGGCAAAAAGUGUCCGUAAUUUGACAGUGAGUUCAAAAUUAUUCAGCGAUGGACCGCAAAUCCAGAAACCUGCUCCGGAUUUCUCUGGUACUGCAGUAGUUAAAGGUGAUUUCAAGGAAAUCAAGUUGAGUGACUACAAAGGGAAAUACGUUGUUUUAUUUUUCUACCCGUUAGAUUUUACGUUUGUUUGUCCGACAGAGAUAAUUGCAUUUAGUGAAAAGAUCUCAGAAUUUGAAGCCUUGAAUACACAAGUGAUCGGAGUGUCUACAGAUUCGCACUUUAGCCACUUGGCAUGGAUUAAUACUCCAAGGAAACAAGGUGGUCUUGGAGGAGAUUUAGGUUAUCCUCUUUUGAGCGAUUUCAACAAGACUGUAUCAACCAAAUACAACGUUUUGUUACAAGAUUCAGGAAUUGCUCUUAGAGGUCUUUUCAUUAUAGACAGGGAAGGAAUUCUUCGACAGUUUUGCGUCAAUGAUCUUCCGGUUGGCAGAAGUGUCGAAGAGACAUUGAGAUUGAUUAAAGCUUUCCAGUUUGUUGAGAAGCAUGGUGAAGUAUGUCCUGCAAAUUGGCAGCCAGAUUCCAAAACCAUUAAACCAAAUCCAAAAGAUAGCAAACAAUAUUUUGAAUCGGUUAAUUAAGCAUUAGGAGGAUUUGUGCAGGGAAUAUAUAUAAAUAUAUAUAACAUAAUAGAUUAUUAUAUAAUAUAAUACAGUUAAUAGAUAAAAACUUAAUGUAAUAUAAUUCUAAUUCAAUAAGCUUAAUUUUAUAAUAUGUCAUAUUUAUAUGCUCCUUUCAUAUGUACAUUACACUAUACUUAUUUGUGUGAUUUUAUAUAAAAUCUUAAAAGUGGAUAAUAAGAUAAAUGUGUGAGUACAUGUCUACUUGAAUAUAGAUAAAUUUAAUAUAUAGGAGGGGAAAAAAGAUUGUUAAUCUGA